UAGAAAACUUCCCCGAGAGUGGAAAUGCUUGAUGGCAUACCAUCGGCUAGCAUGGAAUAUUUUGUCUCUAAGCUCCGACGUUAUCCCAGUGGAAGGAUGGCAGGUUCAACUUAUUGCAUGGAUUUUCGUCUGCUGGCAAUGGAGGGGACCUCAUGACAACUCUUAUACAAAAAUGGAACAACCUUGGGGUUUUAAAAAAGUGGAAAGUUGUAGAGGAGGAUACAAUUGGGCCUUCGCUGAGAGAGAUUGUUGAACAAUAUAUUGAUGAGAGGUGGCCAUCUGACAAGAAGAGCGACAGUUUUCACGGAGAUAGCACCAUAAAAAAGAAGGAUGACGCCAUUGACAGUCUCCAUAAGGAUGUGGGUGUUAACUCCAGCAGCAGCACUAAAGAAGUGGAGAAGACAAGUGAAAGCUUGCCAGAGGGAAACAUGACAACAAUUUUCAGCGCGGAAGGCACAGAGGGAGAUGAUUAUCUCAAGGAAGUUCUUAGAAAGGUUUUGAGAGAGAAAGAAGAUAUGAGAGAAAUUCUAAGAAAGAGUUUGAAAGAGCAGGAGGAGAUGAGGGAAGCUCUAAGAAAGAAUUUGAAAGAGCAGGAGGAGAUGAGGGAUAUACUGGAAAUGAUCAAGAAGAAAGUUUUCGAAGAGGAAGAAGACAAAGGAGGAGAAGAAAGCUCACUCCAACAGUACACAACGGCUAAGGAGAAGGCGAAGGAUGAAAAGGAGGAGCAAGAAGAAUGGAGUAAACUGAGAGACACAUUGCGCAGCUUCAAUUUUUCAAUGGAUGGCAUUCAAGCCUUCCAAAAAUUUAGGUUUUACUGCGAACCUGGCUAUCUUCCAUGGCCAUUGCCCGAACUUACAUAAACCUCACCAAAUAUUCGUAUACAUUUGUAGUUUAGGCAGCCACUCCUCUCAUGGA